AUGUCAUUAGAUGAUCAAUAUCAGCUUGAUUUUUAUGACAACGAUGUUAUAGCUUUGUCAAAUGAAUCAAAUAUAUCAGAGAAUCCAAAUGAUCCAGACAUUGAAUCAAACUCAAGCUCACCUGAACAAUCCACAUCACAAAAUAAUGGCGUUACUGUUAUUACUAAUAGUCUAGGAGACAGAUUUAAUAUUAAAGAAGUUGAUGAUUUAAUUAAUAAAGCAAAAACGAUAAAUAAUUUUGUAAAUUGGGAUAAAUAUCAUGAAAAACUUCGCAGACUACAAGCUGAAUUAAAUCCACAGCAUCCAGUCAACCCCUUUCAAGUGAUACUAGAACUCCUUUCAUGUCAUUUACGAGAUUUUUAUCCAACAAUAAUGUCAAUAACAGUAAAAGCUUGUUGCUGUAAAAUUAAUGAAUCAAUGCUUUCAAGAUGGUUUGAACCAUCACUUAAUAGUCUUAUAGCUUCUUUUUUAGAUCCAAGAUUCAAAAAAAUAAGUUAUGUAACAUCUGCUAAAAAAAAUGAAACUCUUACUUAUCUUUAUACUUUAAAUAAUAACCAGGAACGAUCAACUUCUAUUCAAGAAACAGAACCAUCAAGUGCUAAUUCUUCUUUUUUUGCUUCAUUUUAUGAUGAUGAUAAUAAUAUUUUAAUUACAAAUGAAAAUUCAUCCUUGGUUGAAAAAGAAAAUUUGCACAUACUUUACAAACAAUCGCAAGGAAAAUAG